AUGGGAUCGAAUCAGGGACCCUUGCUUAAGAAAAGGUUCUAUCAAGUCAAAAUUAAAAGCCUAGAGGUUGCUAGUUUGCAAGAAUUGGGGCAAUUGAUGGAUCAGCUCCAACAUCAAGCUUUCCGCAAGGCCUAUGAGAAGAUUUGGGAUCUAGCUAUGAUAGAAGUCUCUGUCGAAGCCAUUGCAUCCCUCACUCAGUAUUACAAUCAGCCGCUAAGGUGCUUCACGUUUAGGGACUUUCAACUAGUGCCGAUUGCGAGGAUAGCCAAGGUAGUCAGAAUCUGGGCGCAAGAGUUGGACCGAGAAAAACAAAACAGAAAUGGGAUAGUCGAAAUACCAAGGAAGCAUUUGGAGGAAAAGCCGAAGGCGUUGGCAGAUCAAGGUGAAUGGGCUUCGUUCAUUGAUGUCUUGGCGCUAUUGGUAUUUGGAUUUGUCCUCUUUACAAAUGUGGAUGGGAUAGUGGACUUAGCGGCGAUUGAUGCCUUCCUUGCUUAUCACCAUAGCAUGGAGAGUCCGAUCAUUGCUAUUUUGGCCGAUGCCUAUGACACUUUCGAUCGAAGAUGCGAAAAGAGUGGCGCAAGGAUUGUUUGUUGCACACCAGCUCUUUAUGUGUGGCUAGUCUUGCACUUCUUUCGUCAUGAAGGUAGACCCGUUUGUCCCAUACAAGGUCACCGCUUGUGCGCCGAGAAAGGGAAGGAAAACUGGGAGCAACUCUUGGCUAGUGUGGUAGGGGGAUCCAUUAAUUGGUUCCCCCAAUGGAAGGAAGGAAGAGCCACAGUUUUAUCCUCAUGUGAAGGAUUCUCAAACGUCCCCUUGAUGGGAACGAGGGCUUGUAUCAAUUAUAAUCCCGUCCUUGCCAUUAGACAACUUGGCUACCCCAUGAGAGGAGCACCGUCAGAGGAAAGCAUCACACCUUUCAUCGCACGGGGUUUCAGGGACCCAAUGGGAGGAUACUUCAAGGAGUCCGCAAGGCGUGGGGCAUAG